GCAAGAGGUAAGAACCAAGAAGAAGUGCUUUCGGUUUUGGGGGCGAAAGGCAGCAGAAGCAGAGAAAGAAAGAAGGCAGUAGCGACGCUCACAAGGCAAUUGGUGCCGGAUUUUUGUCAGUCUCCCCUCCACACCCAGUCCUGUAUCCAAUACAGCUUUCCUUCAUUCAUUCCUUCCUUCCUUGCCCUCUCUAUUGUAUUGCCGCAGUCCCGUUUCACAUCCUCUUCCAUGACCUGAAUUCCGGAACCCACCCGCCAUUCGACCCCAAAUCCAGCUCCUCAUCAGUCGCUGGGCGCUGUCGCGAGGCUCGGGUUGUUGGUUUCCUCACCGAAACCCUGGUAGGGGACGAUGAUGGACGGUGAGGGGAGCGAAUGGAUCAAGCAGGUGCAUUUCAGGGAUUCGUCGUCACAGGACGUUUUGCUUACCUACAAGAGGCGCCGGCAGCAGCAGACGCAACCAGAGCCGCAGCCACAAUCACAGCCGGAACACAAGGCUGAAGACGUGCCGGCACAGCAGAGUAAAGACACUUUUUGGAAAAGUAGGGAUAUGGGAUGGAAGUAUGGCAUAAUGAUUGAUGAAAAUAGACAACAUUGGAAGUGUAUGUAUUGCGGCCUAACUAGGUAUGGUGGUGGUGUGUCUAGACUAAAGCGGCAUCUAGCUGGUGAUUUAGAUGUCAAAAUGUGCCCUAAAGUUCCAGCAAACGUUGCUGAGGAAAUAAGGGAACAUUUGCGGAAGAAACGAGAGAGACGGAGGAAGCGAGCUGCACUAAAUGGUGGCGACAAUGUAAAAACUAAGAACUCUUCUGAUGAUGCCAAUGUCAAGAAGGAUCUUCUACCUGCCGAUUCAGCGGUGGCAGCUGGAAUGGCCACUUAUGUUCUUGAAGAAGUCACUAACCAAACGAGCAUGGUUCAUCAGGAUCCUACUUCUCCCACGGUUCCCAUGUUACGAGCAAGGGAUAUUGGGUGGGAGCAUGCAGUGGAUCUUGAUGGAAAUAAAAGACGGUGGCAGUGCAAGUGGUGUUCUCUGUGCCGAAGUGGUGGUGUAACUACUUUGAAGGCUCAUCUUACUGAUGAUAGCUGCCCGAACGUUCCAAAGGAAAUUUCAAAGAAAGUAUCAAACUUCAUUGAAGAGAAAAGAGCAACACACCUUCUUUUAAAUACUUUUGACUUUAAAGUUGACGAUCAAGUUUGUGGCACACAAAUUCUAGGGGAAGGGAUUGUACAGUCUGAGAAUGAUCAACAACCUUCAAGAAAUGCUACACAUAUGGAAACAUUAGAUAAGUGCACUAUUAAUGAGGAGAAGGUGGCAGCUGGAAGCAACCAAUGCGGCGCAGAAAGUAGUGGCCAACCAAUUGAGCACUGUGACCAGCCUGAAGAGCAGCAGACAAUGGACCACGGCAGGACUCACCAAGCGAUCAACAAUAAGCGCCAUAUUGUGGACAAGAAUACCGAGAAUUCACAAAAUACUAAGGUGGUAGGUGGAAGCAACCAAUGCGGUGCAGAUAGUGGCCCGUCAGUUGAGUACUGUGAUCAGCCUGAAGAGCAGUGGGCAAUGGACCACGGCAGAACACACCAAGUGAUCACCACCAAGCACCAGACUGUGGACAAGAAUGCUGAGAAUUUGGAAAAUACUAAGAUACUGGAACUACGCCGGGAAACUAGGUUUAACACAAGGAAGCACAAAAUUAUUGUUGAUGAAAUUGAAGGGCAUUGGAGGUGUAGAUAUUGUGGAAUGGAUGGGUAUGGUAAAAAGUUUAGGCUCCAAUAUCAUCUAGCUGGUGCGUUUUGUCACCCUAAGUGCCCAAAUGUUCCUAGAGAAGUUUUUGCUAAGGCAAGGCACCAUGUUCUGACAAGGAGAAGGCUCAAAAUCAAUAAGGCUGGGCAACAAUUUCCUUCCGGGACACAUAUUGUUGGGAAAUCCAUUGACCAACUGCAGAACAGUAGUCCAUUAUGUGGGAAUCAUCCUCAACUGUCAGUAAAUAAUGAAUCUAUUGAGAAUCACCCUCAGUGCCAAAAAUUUCCAAAGAACGCUGCUGAAAAGAUAAGGGCUCAAAUGAUAUCAAAGGAGCAGAAAGCAGGAAGAUCAGGUUCAUUUGACGAUAAUGGCAGUUGUGACGUGCUGUGCUCUUCUAAUACUUCACAAUCUGAUCAAGAGCUUUUCACUGCAACAUUUCAUGGCAGAAGUUCUUCCCAGACUUUUGAUCAAGCUAACAGUAAAUCAAAAGCAUGCAACACAUUAUCCAAUACUAGUCUUCCUUCACAAGAGAGUGCCAAUCCUCAGGUGUGUCAUGAGCAACAGAGGAAGGAGGCUGCAACCCCCCCAGAGCCAGAGACUGGCUGGUGGCACGGUCAGAGGAUGCAAUGGCAGUUGCAACACAAGCCAAUUAAGGAAGAAGGACCUCCUGAGAAUGGAUUAUGUUGUGACACAGACAAAUCUGAGAAGCAAAGUCACUGGAGUGACUGGUGGAGAUAUGUUUUGGACAAACUGAUGCAUUUGCCAGAUGUACAAGAGGGUGGUGGCAUUUGGACAUGCAUUCGUGAUGCCCUUCUGUACGGUUGUGCUGAGUUUGGCACGGUAGCUGACAAAGUGGAUAUGGAUUCUGAUGGAACAGUAAAUGUGAACAUUGCUAAGUGCCAGAAUGUUUUUAUGGACGUUUUAAGGUCAGAGAACUUUGCCUUAUUGUGCAAUGUGCUUUGCAGAACUGUACAUCAAGAUGAGGAAAGAAUUAGAUAUUUUGAUUUUGGUCUGAUUGACUCAAGGAUGAAAAAUGGAAAUUAUGGGCAAGCACCUGGAUUAUUCAUCCAUGAUCUGAAACUGUUAUGGGAAGGUCUUAAAAUGGCUGGUCAAGAUAUCAUUCACCUUGCAAAUAGUCUAUCAAGCCUCACAGAAGAUUCAUACAGAAAGCUGGUUGGAAGAGAGAGAGGAUCAGAUGAUAGUGAGCUCAAGGGAGCUGUGGUGACCAGCUCUGGACCGAAGAAUUUGGUACCCUCAACCUCACAGGGCUUCAAUCAAUCAUGUCCACUAGAUGUUUCUGAUGUACAAAAGGACAGUAGCUGCAACCAAUGUGGCAAAGAAGCAAGAGGCGGAAGUGUUCUCACAUGCAAUAGGUGCAUGCUAUCUUGCCACAUUUCAUGCAUUGUGCCUCCUGUUCCAUCCAUUCCAACUGGAAGCUGGUAUUUAAAAAACUGCACCACUAACGAACAAGUUGAAGGUGACAUGGUCUUAGCCCAUUACCAACCGAAUUGCUUGCAUGGAAAUUGUGUUGCCUGCGAUAGACUUGAUGUGUGCAGUUCUCCAAAAUGUAAAGAUACACCUAAUGAUAACUCAAGAGCAAUUGUUAUUUCCAGCGUGGACUCCGUUGAGGAUCUGGAACUGCCAGAGAUUGAUAAAGUUGGCUCAUGCAAGAUAUGUGGGGAUCCUGAAGAUGACGAGAAGAGGUUCUUGAUAUGCAGUCACAUCCACUGUCUAUACAAGUACUACCACAUUCGGUGCCUGAAGUCUAAACAGAUUGCUAGCGCUAUUCAGCGUCACAAGCCGUGCUGGUACUGCCCAUCUUGCCUUUGCCGAGUUUGCCUCUCUGACAAAGAUGAUGACCUGACCAUUCUGUGUGAUGGCUGUGAUGAGGCUUAUCAUCUCUACUGCAUAACGCCUCGCCGUACUUCGAUACCCAAGGGGCAGUGGUAUUGCUCAUCGUGUAGCGUGGAGAGAGCAAAGGAAGGGACGAGACAGUAUGAGAAAAGGAUGCUGAAGCUCCACAGGAAGGAUGAUACUAGGCGGCAAAGUAGGAAUUUUGAAGGCGUGGACUUGCUUCUAUCUGCCGCAGAGCAGCUCAGCGCAGAUGAGCAGCAGGCGACUUGUACAAAUUAGCGUGGAGCCAGCCUGGAUAGCAGCAUCUUCAUUUUCAUUAGCGUCGAUACUGUCAGAGAGGCAAGGCUCCUGAACUCGUUAUGUUUCCGAGUAAGUGGAUUACUGUUCUCUGCCAUCAGUUCGGACUUCAGAGAUUUGCUGUUUAAGGAGCCUUGCCUCUCUGACAGUAUCAGAUGCUGCAACAAGGGUAGUCAAGAUAUUAGCUGCAGUCUGUUCAUCAAACUCACUAUCGACAGUUUCAGAUCAAACAGAUAAGCAUCUUCGAAUAGCAUGUGUGUUCGAGCUGCAUGGUAGAUGGUAACAAUCCUUUAGGAAAUCGGUCUUGUUUUAUCUUUCUUUUCCUUUGCUUCACCUGCAUGAGACCAUACUUAAUCCGAAGAGCUAAUCGGUAUCAGAACUGCAAGGGAUGUAUUCUUUUUUCUUCCUUCUGAAGGUUAGCUUCAAGGAAGUUGUGUAGCUGGUAUCUUAUGUACUUGCAGGUGCAUGUUGCGGGAAAAUCAACAAUCUGAGAGAGAAUAUCUGUGAAAAUUGCCUCAGCCGCGAAAAUGCAGUUAUCCAUUGUGAUGUACCCCAAUUAUCCUGGAAGCGGCAUCUAAAUCUGACACAAACCAGUCGUUCGAGUUCGACUACAACACGAUAGGACUACGGCCCACGCAUCGAUUUAUACACGCUCUCCACUCCACGGAAGGCAACGAACUGAUUCUGCAAUCGCAGGACGGCAGCAGAGUCUGCGCAAGAUGUCGUUCCAGCACCAGGAGAUGUCGUCCGGGCGCAGGAGAGCGGCGCUCCGCCGCGGGCUGCGGCUUCUUCGGAAGCGCGGCCACCCUCGACAUGUUCUCCGUCUGCUACAAGAAGCACUGUUGCCUCAACCACCAAAGCCGCAGAAUCACUGCUGUGUUUCUUCGACACAGUACAUACCUAGAACUUGCGUUGGCUAAAUCCUAUUUCGUGCAUCGCAUAAUUCUGCUAAAAAGGGAUGGAUAAUCCGUAUCCGUCAGAUUAUAGCAAAACCAUAUCCUACCUUGUAUCCGCACAAAUCGGAUACUGGAUUAUUUGCAUCUGCUCAGAUAUCAAAAGCUCUACCCCACAUCCUUAAUAAUCGAAUUCAGAACGGAUCAGAUUCGACAAUUAUCUGCACAAUUUUCACCCCUAACUGUGUUCGGUUCAUCAAGGGUAACAACGAUAAUGCUCCUCCUAAGGCAUCCGGGCGUCUCAACUCGAUCGGACACCGCAUCAGCCGUUCAUCUCCGCUGGGUUUGAACGCAAACUCCAAUCCCCUAUUUUGGACGCCCACCCUCUCCGUUUCACUCUUGCUCCACCCGCUUGCAAUCUCGUCCGCGAGCGAUGCCCCAGAAAGAUCUGGAAAGAGGGCGCCAGAGCGAGUCGGCGGCCGCGUCUCCAUCGGCGUGGAGACGCAAGGGGUCUCCUCCCACACCUGCACACGAUGGUUGCGGCCAAUGGAGACUCACGUAGCCACACCCGCGAGCUAAUAGCGCUGGCAGCAACCCAUAUGGCAAACAGAGCCUACCAAGACGGAUGCGACAAGCAUGCCACACUCCGUGGCAAGGUGAUUGUUUUCAGUAAAUCUCUUGUCUGCAAGAUCCUUGGGAUCCCUUCUGGAAAUACUACUAUUAAGAUGUUCGGCAAGGCUGCGGAUGUUGCAAAACUUCGAGAUUCUUACAGGGCAGGCGAGAGGGCUAAGAUAAAGAAGUACAUUGAUGUGCUGAAAACUACUGAAGAGGAAGAUUCUUUUGUGAGGGCUUUUAUGAUCUUGGCACUAGGGACUAUUUUUCGCCCCAGGACUGCCAAUACUAUCAGCUUAAAGUAUCUCCAUAGCUUGGUUGAUAUAUCACAACUUCAGGAUUAUGAUUGGGCUACACAUAUAAUUGAAACUUUGAUGGCAGAAGUAAGCAAGUAUCAGAAGUUUUCAAAGGAAACACUAGAGAAAGAUCACCAGAUAGGGGCCUGCCUUCCGAUUGUAGGUGUAUGUGUAUUGAUAAAAUUUCUCUUUACAUUCUAAACAUAUUUUGAUUGUUUACUUUUUUUGCAACAUUUAUGAAAAUAUAUUUACUUGUCUCCCCUUUUACUUCUUUUCUUGAUCGCUUACAUGGAUCACUUGGAUAUUCCUAUGGAUCAUGCUACUCACAAGCUCAACUAUGAUGCGCCUAGGAUAUGCAACAUCACGAAUUUUGAUUUUGUUAUGAGCAUUGAUAAGAGUAGACUUACUCUCAAUUCUUAUGGAAGACUACCUGAGUGACCCUUCUCCCUUCUACAUUUUUAUUCUUGAUUUUUUAUACCUUCAUGUGCUGAAUUACAGUGACUCUUUUCUUUUCUUUUUUGUGUUAUUAGUUUCGUGAUUUCACAAACACUCCAUAUUAUGAUGCUCCAACGAGAGAGAAAGAUAACUUUGUUGGCUCGACCUAUUUGUAUGAUUGGUUGCAGCAACCUGCAUCUAGCAGUUAAGGUUCAUAAUAGCUUGCCCCUUGCUGUUAACAGUUUGCAGUCAAGUUUACCAACCUUUGGGAGAAGGAGAUCAAUGACUUUGCUACAGACGCAGCUACAUAUUGCAAAAUGGCAUAAAGGCAUUGUGGAUGAAUAAGAAGCCCCAAAUGCUUGCUUUGUGCGGAGCCAUGCAUCAACAAGGUCAAGGCAAUAGUGUUAGUCCCAGUACCGCCCCACCAACUGCUCCUUUGCCAUCAUUAAGUGAAUUGGCUCGCAACAUGGGCAGUGUAUUAGUGAGCAGCCCGAAGGGUGAUGAAAACACUUUAGCGAGCUAUCCACAGGUUGAUGGUAAGGUUGUAGUGAGUUUCCCCAAGGAGGAAGUGAGCAGCCCCAAGGCUGAUAACAAGGCAGCGGGGAGUAACCCCAUGCCUGAAGGCAAAGCUGAAGAAGUGAGUAUCCACAAGGUUGAUGACAACACAACAGGGACACUACAUGAAAAACAGACAAAGGAGAUAUGAAAUUAGUGACGGGUUGUAACAUGAUCCAUCACUUAUGAUAAUAGUGACGGGUCACGAAUAUGAUCCGUCACUUAUGAACCAUUAUUUUUAUUUUAUUUUUCUCACCUCAGCAGCACUAGAAUAUGAACCAUUGUAUAUUUUUACCCAAGUUUGAUGUAAGGGGUGAUGGCUAUGGACACAAAUGUGUAUUUCGAAAACGGUGCAGAAACUUUAGAGGGCGAGUACUUAAUCUUCCAAGCAGUUUUUGGCCUCCAAAAAUUCGCCGAACCCAACACUCAUAU